UGUAUUUUUGUCUUACUUGACAGAGGACGGGCAGAAACUUGAAGAAGUUCUCAGUGAACAGAACAUGGAAAACGUGUUACCAGCCGUUUAUGUGAAAGAGAAGCGUAUAGGAGGAUACAAUGACAUUUUACAGCUGUCUAAGGAGGGCCUGUUCCAGAAACUUCUAGAGAAUAAAGAAGACAAACCAAGCCAGAACACCUAUGAUUAUGACUUGAUUGUUAUUGGAGGAGGCUCAGGAGGCCUAGCUGCAUCAAAGGAAGCUGCAAAAUAUGACAAGAAAGUGCUGGUACUAGAUUUUGUUUCCCCCUCUCCACUUGGAACAAAAUGGGGUCUUGGAGGAACUUGUGUGAAUGUAGGCUGCAUUCCCAAGAAGUUAAUGCACCAGGCGGCUUUACUACGACAAGCUUUAAAAGAUUCCCACAAGUAUGGGUGGAAGAUAGAGGACAAUGUUGAGCACAACUGGGAGCUAAUGACAGAUUCAAUACAGAACUACAUUGGUUCUCUGAACUGGAACUACAGGGUGUCCCUGAUGGAGAACAAAGUAAAAUAUGAAAAUGGCUAUGGAGAAUUUGUUGAGCCUCAUAAGAUCAAGUCAACAAACACCAGAGGAAAGGUCAAGUAUUUCACAGCAGAAAAAUUUCUUAUAGCAACUGGAGAACGACCACGAUAUCUUGGUAUUCCUGGAGAUAAAGAAUACUGCAUCACGAGUGAUGACCUUUUCUCACUUCCCUAUUGUCCUGGAAAAACUCUUGUAAUUGGGGCCUCCUAUGUUGCCCUGGAAUGUGCCGGGUUCCUGGUGGGACUGGGAUUGGAUGUUACUGUUAUGGUUCGGUCCAUUCUAUUACGAGGUUUCGAUCAGCAAAUGGCGAACAAGAUCGGUGAACACAUGGAAGAAUAUGGUGUGAAGUUUAUUAAGGAUUCUGUUCCAACAAAGAUUGAACUAAUAGAAGCGGGUACACCAGGAAAACUGAGGGUUACAUCUAAAUCGACUGAUGGUACAGAGAUUACAGAAGAAUAUAAUACAGUCUUGCUGGCAAUUGGAAGAGAAGCAUGCACAAGAAAAAUUGGCCUUGAUAUUGUUGGAGUGAAGAUCAAUGAAAAAACUGGAAAAAUCCCAGUCAAUGAUGAAGAGCAAACUAAUGUACCUUAUAUUUAUGCCAUUGGUGAUGUGUUAGAGGACAAAUUAGAGCUCACACCAGUUGCCAUCCAAGCAGGUCGGCUCUUGGCUAAAAGAUUAUAUGGUCACUCAAAUUUAAAGUGCGACUAUGUGAAUGUCCCAACAACAGUGUUUACGCCUUUGGAAUAUGGUGCCUGUGGCCUAUCAGAAGCGGAUGCCAUAAGGAUAUAUGGAGAGGAAAAUAUAGAGGUAUAUCACAGCUAUUUCUGGCCCCUAGAAUGGACUGUUCCAGCAAGGGACAACAAUAAAUGCUACGCAAAACUAAUCUGCAAUAUUAAGGAUGAUGAAAGAGUUGUAGGUAUUCAUGUACUAUCACCAAAUGCUGGAGAAAUCACCCAGGGAUUUGCAGCGGCAAUGAAAUGUGGGAUCACUAAAGAGCAGUUGGAUUGCACAAUUGGAAUCCAUCCUGUCUGUGCUGAGAUAUUCACCACUCUUACUGUAACAAAGCGUUCUGGUGGCUCCAUCCUUCAGUCUGGAUGCUGAGGUUAAAUCCCGCUGCUUUGUUGUAGUUGCCACUCACUAUGGACUAGAGCGAGAAGCAAGACCAAUGUGGCUGUCAUGAAGAUGAAUCUGCAUCAUAAUGCAGGGAGUCACAUUUGCUUUGAAUAUGGCAACAAACUAAACAGCGGGAGAUGGAUGGCAUUCAAUUAAACUGACCCAAGGCUGCAUUUUUGGUGCUUAAAUGAAGUCACUGCCCAAAGCCAAAUCUGGUGGGCUGUGACUGACAACCUGCAAGCUCAGUUUAAGGACACUGUAUAAGGAACAAGUUUUCUUUACUGUAAAUUACGUUACAAUAUUAUUAGAUUACAGUUGUGUGCUAUAGAUAAACUGUUGAUCUUUUUUUAUGCUGUGAAUGAGGAUAUUCAGAAGUUGUGCAAUAGAUAUAUUAAUUCUAGCCUAUUAUUUAUAAGACAUACUUUAAAUAUUUUAUGAAACUUAAAUUCAAUGAGAAAUAUUUUAUAUUUCCAGAGAACAGAUAUGUAAUGAUCUGCAUCCCUUCUGUAAGUCGCCUUCGGACGGAAUGCAUUAUGUAAUGUUAAAUUGAGUUUUUAUACAAAACAACAUCCGGUUUUGUCUACAUUAAAUGAUUUGCUAUCAAAGAGUUGCAGACCGGCACAGACAGAAAUAGAUUGUGUUAAAUGCACUGCAGUCUGGUUACAGAAAGUUUUUGACUUUUUGAGAAGAUUUGCAUCUUUGUCCUGAUAGUACUACAUCAUUCACAAAGAAAUUUAGAAAUCUCAAACCUCUGCUUGGAAAUUGUACAGUAUAGAUAGAAUUUGUUACUUUUUUUUUACAUAAAUUGUGUUUUAGAAUAAAAUGUUAACUUUGAAAGUCAA